CUGCUUGAUGGUCACAGCAUUGGUCAACCAGGUAUGCAGAGGGCCUGUUUAUUCUGUGCCACAAGCCGAGCAUUGUCGUCAGAAAAUCGAAAUGUCGAGGUACGUAAGUUCUCCCUCAGCGGUGACUUCUCUCCGGAGUACAAUCUAGACAAUCUUUCCAGAACUUGUUCCCCACUGCAGAACACGAACACUGCUCUGACUAAUUUCACUGGGCCUCGCGUCUUCUCCGUUGAUCCAACAAACGACCCCCUGCUGCCACACUCCUCACGAUCCAGUCAGUCAGCAAAUCAGCUGACCCCCAACUUGCCAGCUCUGCCCGGCGGGGAGGGAUGCAAAAGGAUGGUCGAGUGGGAUCGACCGCAGGCCCCCCAGUGGCAUUUGUUUAGUCGAUUGGAAUCUACGGCGUCCACUGCUGUCAACGCCAUGUCUGUGCAUACUUGGCAUCCCGUCAGACAAGAGCAGCGUGCGGAUAUUACCAAACUAUUCCCGAAUCAAGAGGAGGGAGACACUAACAGAAUGCCUUGCGGUUCACGCCACAGGCCGAAUUCGGAUUCCUUGUCUGGCGGGCCUCGCCGCCUGUCGCAGAAGCAGCUACAGUCAGAGCAGCAGCAACAGCAGCCUGCAGUACGCCCAAGUCCAUCGAUCAGCUUACAAACGUUCCUCACUCUAUGGCUAAAAAUGUCUGGUUGUUCCUCUGCCACGGACCUCGACACAUCAGCACUCACUAAUCCAGGCGCCUGCGUGGUUGACCAGCGAACAUUACCAUCGCCAACCUCAGGCAACUUCCUCUCGCGCCUCUCCAACUUCUUCAAACCUUCCGAAGCCUCUCAGUCAUCGGAGUCGACAGUAGUACCAUCCAAACAGGAGAUGGGAUCAGCGCGCUGCUCAACACUCCUUCCUCUUAGGCUGGUUAAUGUGGGAUCCGCGCGGUGUGCCUUUGGAUCCGAUAUUGUGACCUGGCUACUGGAGAAUUCUGAUGGCGCUUUAUCCUGCAGGUAG